AUGAAGCUUUCGCAAACGGUUAUACAGGUUGACUCGGCACCACCGGCUACCCCAGCUCGACCUGCUCCAGUCACUCUUCCCACAAUUGCUACCACUUCAGCUUCGAAUUCUUCAGUUUAUGUGUGCACUACCACUCCGAUAUCCACAUCUUGCCCAAUAGCACAAUCUGGUAGUAAUUCAAACAUUACUUCUGCAACUGGCCUGGUCGGACCUGGCCUUCAAUCUCAGGCUAUGUCCGCAGUUGCAGCAGCAGCCGUAGCCGCAGUUUCCAUGGCCACUGUGGGGUUGGGUGGGCUAAUACAUUCGACAGUAUCACAACCACUUGCCACUAGCACUCAGCUUGGGGGCCACAGCCAUCAACUACGAAGUCAUGCUUAUAGCUACCAACCUCAACCUCAGCAGCAAAUGCAACAGAAUAACCAUUUUCAUGCUGCUAAACAUCACGAAGCGGAGGCCUUACUUGUGUCCCAUGAUCGAUUGGGCGAGCGUUAUUCUGCCCUUACAUGCCCAACACCUUCGAUAUGCCAUUGCUCUACCUUCGACCCCCAUACUCAGCUGAAAACUAGUAAUAUAGACUGCAAUACCAGUUGCACUCGUGUCAGUUCGGGUAUCAGCCAGGGGAGCCAAGCUAGUAUCUGUACC